GUCCUUUGAAAUGUAUUCAGGUGUACCACAGGAAGAGGUACUCAGCCUCCUAUAUUCCAAUGUAACCAUGGAUUACAUUUUAAAUAACAUGGAACCUCAAAUCAGACUUUUUGUUGAGAAUGGAAAUGUGUUAGCGUACGCUGAUGACCUUGUGAUAAAUACAUAUCCAGAGGAAAAUGAAAUAUCAAACUUCUUAUUGAACACCUAGUGAAGUCUGGGCUCAAAGCUAAUCCAACUAAGUGAAAGUAUAUUUGGAGGAGAGUAUGCCAAAAGUUUAAAAUACUUGGGUGUAAAUAUUAGAUAUGAUAAGAAAUGUGUGAUAAAGGAAAUUAAGAAGAAAGUGAAAUUUUUGCAGAAAAAGACUAGAAAGAUAACUAGCCACAUGGAUGGUGAGCAACAAGCCACCAUCGUCAAUUUACUAGCUCAAAGUAUCCUACUUUAUCAUACAAAUGAAUCACUUCUGUAAAAUGAAAUAACUUUAAAAGAUUGUGAAAAUCUUAUAAAGUAUGAGAAAGAGCAACAAGAGUGAUUCCAGCCUGAGUCGGGAUAGAAAAUAUGGAUGUUUGUGUAGCUAAAGAGGACACUUUAAUAUGGAUAAGAAAGAUAAUCUGAAGGUUAAUGAGUAAAUUGAUAAAAACUCAAAAAUUACAAAAGAAGUCUCUCAGUAUGCUUGGGAACAAGAGACAACCUCAAAAAUAAUGAAAUGCGCUAUAUGGAGAUAUGGGAUAGUCAUGAAUUGGGACAAGAUCAGAAACAUAACUAGACCUAGCAUUUUCAGGACUAUAUUUCAUAACCUCUAUCAUGAUAAAUAAUACCCUUAUCUUUGUAAAUGUGAUAAAAUAUGAGAUAAAAGACGCAGGCCUGUUUGAAACAAUGUCAAAGUCAAGCAAAUCACAUUACUUUCCAUUUACACUCAUCAGAGAUAUUACAAAAGCAAUGGUCUCUCAGUUGAUAAAUUUAUUAAAGAAGUUGAAGCUGCACAGAAUGGAAAUGAACUCCUGAUAAAAGUCAACAGAUCAGAGAUCAAAGAUCACCAAAUUGAUAGAUAUAGGCCCAAGUUAUACCCACAACAAGACCAACCUUUAUUGAGAAAAAACCCAUUCCCAGAUAAAAUUUUUCACCAAGAAAGAACCUUUAACUUCAACAUU